GCGAAAGAACCGUUGCUUGUUCCAAGCGGAUGCCGACCCCCCAACAGGUGUGGCGUGGUCGCCUCUCCAGGCUUCCUCAUUUUACUGCUCGUGUUUCGUCUUUCUUCCUCUUAUCCCCUUCCCUCAACUCCUUUUCCCUUCCCUUUACUUUUGCUUUCUUUCCACCUGCUUUUUAUCGAAAUGACCAAAACAUCUAUUAAUGGACGAAACGGCUCACAGACUUCUCGAAGAAAGGCGCGGAGUUUAUCUACGAGCAAUUCCUCCGCAGCGAGUCAAGCCAUGAAGGCCUCCGCAGUCGAGAACCUCAAGGCCAGGGAGAGAAAACUUCGCGAGGACCCAAUGGUCAUAAUUCACAGCCCCAAGCGUGUCCAGUGCAACCGUUGCGGUGUCGAGAUUCAGCUUUCAAAGAAAAGUGACUUUGAUCCGUGUCACUGGAACAAGCAUCGCGAACGGUGUUUGAAGAAGCGGCCGAAUGACGAUGUCAAGAAUAAGAAGCUUCAUGAAGCUGGCGGGCGAAUCCGUCAAUCGACUUGGCCUACAGCAGUCAGGGUGGUCACCAGACGUGCUUCUUCACUGUCUUCUUACACGCCUUCGCUUUCACCGGACGUUGACGAACAAGAGGAACCUCUGAGCCCGCUUACGUCCAUCGCUUCUGACGAACCUCCCUCACCAACUAUAUCUCCUCAAUCUCUGGUAGUCACUCCGAAACCUGAACAUAUCGAGUUGCCCUCUGUCACUUCCCCCGCCGUCAUCGUUUCCCCUAAGCCCAUGCACAUACAGUUACCUACCAUCGUUCCCCCUGCUGUUCCUGUACCUUCCCGUCGAUCCCCCUUCACCUUGGAUUACCGUCCGAUCUACGACUCUCAUUUAGGUACCCCACUCGACCAUCCUCCGACUGAAUAUUUCCGAUGGUCCCAACUGAGGACAUCUUAUCGGUCCCCUUCUAGAGGUUCUGAUACGUCACCGACUGUCGGUACUCCCGCCAUUGCCAUUCCUUUCGAGGUCGAGCGACUCCAGUCAAGAUUCUCAGACUGGUCUAUGCCGCAGGCUUAACGAGCAAUGCCAACCAACCUCCCACUUUCGGUUUCCGGACAAGCCAGGUUCGGUUGACUGACUCGCUGGACAAUCCCUCGAGCUGGGCCGAGGGGCACACUGCACCAACAUUACUGCCGCCUGUGAUGAUACUCCUUUCGAAUCCGCAUCGCCUUGUGCGUCCCCCCUCUUGCUUUCAUCUUGUAUGUUUGUUUUCUUGUUUGUGUUGAUUUUCGCUUUUCCGUUGUCUAACGUUAUACAUACUGUCUUGCAUUUUAUCCUUGGUCUGCAGCACCUUCGCAAUCGGAAAAUUACCAUGCUCAUACAAUACCCUAUCUCUCAUUUUGAUUUGUUUCUCAUGUUGAUAUUCGUCGUUGCUCUGGGAAUUAUCAUCAUUCGAGUUCAUUGUACAUCCUUUCCCUCUCAUCGUGCAUUAUUUUGUUGUCCAUAUCCCGCAAUCACGUUUGCUGUCAGUCGCUUUUCCCCAUUUUCUUCCCUCUUUUGUUCUCAUAUCACCGCAUUCCAAAACCCUCAUCCCCUACUCUUCUUGCUAAUCAUCCAAAACAACCGGAAGUGUACUUUGUAGAAUAAUCUGUAGAUGGACAUGUUUAUAGUCUAAUCGCUUUACCCUAUCCACACUCAUCAUCUUUAACUUACUCUACCCGCUCUUCUAUCACGUUGUGUGGCCGACAUAAUGUCGUCCAGCUUACUCUUCUUGGAUACAUGUAUGAUCCAUAGCCGUACUUUAUGACCAGGCUUUCUUGAAAUUAUAUGACCUCAUGUCAAAGCUUCAUUCCCAGUUUCUUCUAGUGACAGCAUGAAGCAAGCAAGAGUUAAUGAUGAGAAAUGCAACAGAGACAUCAUGAAUCAUUCGUCGUCACGAGGCGGGCGAACAACCCCGCUAACCAACAUCUUUCUAACGAC